UGCAGUGAAUAUUUUGGCAGGGCAAACACAAAUCGGUCUCUGUUGAGAUCAGUCUGUCAGCCGGUGAAUCUGGCGUGUUCGGGGUUUUGUCGUCUGCAGCAGGCGGCGUGUGGAAUGCGAUCGUAUCUGUGACGUGUUUGUGAACGGCUGCUGAAAAUAGCUGGCCGGCGGGCGUGUUCUGAGAGCAGGAAGCUGGUGAAGGUCCAGGACCUGUGUUUGCACUGACAGAUGGUGUGAGGACGAACAGAGCCGGGUCUCCAGCUGACGGUCAGUCGGGCCGCGGGGGGGCGAGCGGUGCCGGACACGAGCCGCGGUGACUGGCACACACACACUGGUGCAUUGUUUGGAUAGACUGAUCUGCUGAAGACGCGUUUUUCCAGCUUCUCCAGCAUGUUUGGAAAGAAGAAGAAGCGGCUAGAGAUCUCGGCUCCGUCUAACUUCGAGCACCGCGUCCACACCGGCUUCGACCCGCACGAGCAGAAGUUCACUGGGCUGCCGCAGCAAUGGCAGAGUCUGCUAGCCGACACGGCCAACCGGCCCAAGCCCAUGGUGGACCCCUCCUACAUCACGCCCAUGAAGACCAUCGUCCGUGGGAGCCGGCCGCCCAAGGACGCCUCCAUCAACGGCCUGCUUGAGGAGUUUGACAGUAUCUCCGUCACCCGCUCCAACUCUCUGAGGAAAGAGAGUCCGCCUGGAGCCCAUCAGUCCGGCAGGAGCAAGCCAGUGUCUGCGUCCACGUCCAACGCCGGCGGAUCGGAGGAGAACGGCUUUGGACACUAUUACGGCCGCUUCUCGUGCGACCUGGACAGCAGUAAAGACUUCUCGCUAGAGGCGUACCGCGACCGAGGCGCCCAUGAUGGCGAGUGUGCGGUCGGACGGCACUACCGCUUCUCUCUCAGACAGAACGGCCAUCCCAUCCGCAGCCACUUCUAUCCUGAUGCCAUGCCGCAGAAGUCCUCGGACUACGCCAAGAUGCCACCCGACUACCACGCCUACCUGGAGAACAAGAUGCGGCUGUCCACCGACGAGAUGGCCAUGGGUGGCCGCAGGGAAUACUACCGCGCCUCUCUAGGCGGAUCCAGCCAGGACUAUCGGGAGCAUCCGCUGGGAACGCCGUCGCGCAUCUCCAUCCACAGCGAGCAGAUGAACUAUCCCGAUGGAGACUGGGGAUAUGGAGCGGGACUUAGAGACGACUACGACAAGAGGCCCAAGUCCUCGUACAUCCGUCAGACGAGCCCCCAGCCGGCCAUCCGGCAGCGCUCGCGCUCAGGGUCGGGCCUGCAGGAGCCCAGCCUGCCGUAUGGCAUCAGUGCAUUUAAAGCUGCGCCGCAGGGGCCGUACAGCUCGUACACGUACCCCAGACUGUCCGAGAACACGUCUUCACUCGUCAUAAGCACGGGUGAGUAUGAGCGAGUGGCCCGUGAUGGGAGUCCGCAGGGGCCGGGGCCUGAGACGUACCCGCGUGUUCCCCUCAAACUACCUCAGAGCCACGGCAAACCCGGUUACCCGGCCAGUUUCCACUACAAGCCCUCGCCGCCGCAGCCCAGCCCUCCCUACACCCCGCAGGGCGCGCACUCGCAGCCCUCCUCGCCCUUCAUCCCGGGCCCCGGGGCCUAUCCGCCGCCCAGCUGGGGCUCGUCCUCCGAGCAGCCGCCCUGCAGGGUUUCGCACGAGCAGUUCCGCGCGGCGCUGCAGCUGGUGGUGAACCCCGGCGACCCGCGCGAGUAUCUGGACAACUUCCUGAAGAUCGGGGAGGGAUCCACGGGCAUCGUGUGCAUCGCCACCGAGAAGCACAGCGGCAAACAGGUGGCUGUGAAGAAGAUGGACCUGAGAAAACAGCAGCGGCGGGAACUUCUGUUCAACGAGGUGGUCAUCAUGAGAGACUACCAUCACGAGAACGUGGUCGACAUGUACAACAGUUAUCUGGUCAGUGAUGAACUCUGGGUAGUGAUGGAGUUCCUGGAGGGCGGAGCCUUGACUGAUAUCGUCACUCACACCAGGAUGAAUGAGGAGCAGAUAGCCACCGUCUGUCUGUCGGUGUUGAAGGCGCUGUCGUACCUCCACACGCAGGGCGUCAUACACCGAGACAUCAAGAGCGACUCCAUCCUGCUCACCAGCGACGGACGGAUCAAGCUCUCGGAUUUCGGCUUCUGCGCUCAAGUGUCUAAAGAGGUUCCCAAGAGGAAGUCUCUGGUGGGAACGCCGUACUGGAUGGCGCCGGAGGUCAUCUCCAGACUGCCCUACGGCACUGAGGUGGACAUCUGGUCUCUGGGCAUCAUGGUGAUCGAGAUGGUGGACGGAGAGCCGCCGUACUUCAACGAGCCGCCGCUGCAGGCCAUGAGACGGAUACGAGACAACCUGCCGCCGCGACUCAAGGAGUCGCACAAGGUGUCGUCGGUUCUGCGGGUGUUUCUGGAGCUGAUGCAGGUGCGAGAGCCAUCUCAGCGUGCGUCGGCGCUGGAGCUGCUGCAGCACUCGUUCCUGAAGCUGUCGGGCCCACCGUCCUGCAUCGUUCCUCUGAUGCGCCACUACCGCCACCGCUGAGAGCCGCGCGUUUAGACUGCAGUCAUUCAGAACGGAUCGGCUCGGCGGCCCGCAGGUGUCUGACGCCCUGCGCUUCGGUCCGGUGCUGCGCCGAUCUCACGUCUCUCACUCUCGUCUUCUCACGCUAACUAUGAAGAUGUAUUUUAGAGCAAUUGUACGUUUUACUUGUACAGUUUUGAUAAACGGCAGUAUUUUUGUUGUGAUGUCACCAUGCUGAAAUGGGCAGUAUUACCUAGAACUGAGAGUUUCUGCAAAAUAACUAAUAAUAAUAAACUUUCCUACUGUUUAUAUUUCAUUUUUUUUUGAAGAUGGUCAUAAACUGGCUGUUGCAGACAGAUGAAUCUGAAUAUUUAUUUAUUCUACGUUUGUAGGUUGUGUCCGCUCACGCCAGAGUUUUCUACGCUCUGUUUCUUUCUGGUUUUCAGUAGUGUGGCCUUCACGCUCAUUCUCACCCGAUCUCUAGCAAUAUGAAGCUGUUGGACACAGUCCUCACGCGUGUUUUCUCGUGCCGUCUCACCCGUGUCUCAUGGCUCACUGUGAUCUGGAAAUGCGUGUUUCUGUAGGACUCUUCAGAUCCGCUGUCGCGUCGCUUCUGUGCAGUGAUCCUGCAUGUGUGUCACUUAGAGCUGCUUUCAAUAAAACACAGAUGCGUCACACGCCGUCCUGUGUUCAUUUGUCUCAUGAGCAGGUUUUGAGUUCUAGACGCUUAUAUAAAGAUG